CGUACCCACCGAGGAGUUUUGUAGCUCCAUACACUACAAAACCUCCGUGGCCUUAUCAACUCUCCCUCCCACCCUAUCCUCUCUCUCUCUCUUCCCUCCACCUCUCUCUCUCUACAUUUCCACCACCACUUCCACCGCCGCUCUCCGCCAUGGCCUGCUCUUCCUCCAUCAUAGGCGUCUCUUCUAUCUACCAAACCCCCACUCAAGACCUCUCCAGAAGAACCACCACCAAUCCGCCUCUUUCUCUCCCCUUCGCCGCCGAGAAGACUCAUUUCAGUGCCUUGAAAGCCUCCACUACUCGCCUCCGUCUCAGCCAGUUGAAUGGUGUCGGUGGUAAUUCUUCCUUCGUAGCUUCAGCAAUUGCGACUCCCAACUCUUCGGUGUUGAGUGAAGAGGCAUUCAAGGGUUUUGGUGGUUUCGAUGAAGAUUCUCUUGGUGCCAGUGAGAGCGAGUAUGAUUAUGAACCCGAGUCGGCUUCCGAGGACGAUGGUAGCGACGACGAACUGGCUGUUUCGAAAUUGGGUAUCCCUCAGAGGCUUGUUGAGUCUCUAAAAAAUAGAGGGAUUACGGAGCUUUUCCCCAUUCAAAGAGCUGUGUUAGUGCCUGCAUUGGAAGGUAAAGACCUUAUUGCCCGUGCAAAGACUGGAACAGGGAAGACAUUAGCCUUCGGGAUUCCAAUACUUAAACGCCUCACUGAAGAUGAAGAAAAAAAAAGUUCUCUAAGACGGUCUGGACGACUUCCCAGAGUAUUGGUUCUGGCUCCUACUAGGGAGUUAGCAAAGCAAGUAGAGAAAGAAAUUAAAGAGUCUGCACCAUAUCUGAACACCGUUUGUGUCUAUGGAGGAGUUUCUUAUAACACACAGCAAAAUGCACUCUUACGUGGAGUUGAUGUGGUGGUUGGAACUCCAGGUAGACUCAUUGACCUGAUUAAAAGUAACAGCCUGAAAUUGGGGGAAGUCCAAUAUCUAGUCAUAGAUGAAGCCGAUCAAAUGCUUGCGGUUGGAUUCGAGGAAGAUGUGGAAGUAAUUUUAGAGAAGCUCCCGUCGGAGAGGCAGAGCAUGCUUUUCUCAGCAACUAUGCCCGCUUGGGUAAAAAAAUUGGCAAGGAAAUAUUUGGACAAUCCUUUGACAAUUGACUUGGUCGGUGAUCAAGAUGAAAAGCUGGCUGAGGGGAUCAAAUUGUUUGCUAUACCAACAACUGCAACUUCAAAGAGAUCCAUUCUUAGUGACCUUGUAACGGUAUAUGCAAAGGGUGGGAAGACCAUUAUUUUUACACAGACAAAACGAGAUGCAGAUGAAGUCUCAAUGGCAUUAACAAGUAGCAUUGCUUCAGAGGCACUGCAUGGUGACAUAUCUCAACACCAACGGGAAAGAACAUUAAAUGGUUUUAGGCAAGGAAAAUUCACUGUGCUUGUUGCCACUGAUGUUGCAUCUCGUGGGCUUGAUAUCCCCAAUGUUGAUUUAAUUAUCCACUAUGAACUGCCCAAUGAUCCAGAGACUUUUGUGCAUCGCUCUGGUCGCACAGGUCGUGCUGGAAAAGAAGGCUCUGCUGUUCUGAUGUUCACUAAUAGCCAGAGGAGAACAGUCAAAUCCCUAGAGCGUGACGUGGGAUGCAAGUUUGAAUUUAUUAGUCCACCAUCAGUUGAAGAGGUUUUAGAGUCAUCAGCUGAGCAAGUGGUUGCUACCCUUGGUGGAGUCCAUCCUGAGUCUGUGAAGUUUUUCACCCCAACUGCUCAAAAAUUGAUUGACGAACGAGGAACAGGUGCUCUAGCAGCUGCAUUAGCACAAUUGAGUGGUUUUUCCCGACCCCCCUCAUCCCGGUCUCUUAUUAAUCAUGAGCAGGGAUGGGUAACAUUGCAGCUAACACGUGAUCCAGGUUAUAUCAGAGGGUUCUUGUCUGCUCGAUCUGUCACUGGAUUUCUGUCUGACAUUUAUUCCGCUGCUGCUGAUGAAGUUGGAAAAAUACACAUAAUUGCGGAUGAAAGGGUUCAAGGAGCAGUGUUCGAUCUUCCGGAGGAGAUUGCGAAAGAGCUACUAAAUAGGCAGAUACCACCUGGAAACACUAUUUCCAAAAUCACCAAGUUGCCUGCUUUGCAAGACGAUGGGCCUCCAAGUGACCACUAUGGCAGGUUUUCUAAUAGCGGCAGGGGGGGUUACCGAGGAGGUUCAAGGGACAGAAGAGGAGGUUCCAGAACUUCCCGAGGUUGGGGCAGUGGUCGGGACUUUCUUGAUGAUGACAAUAAGGAUGAUUUUAGGCGUGGUGGUCGGGGGGGAAACAGAGGUGGCAAUAGUUGGUCUCGGAACUCAAACUCAAGAAGCACUGGGAGUGAUUGGCUAAUCGGUGGUAGACAAUCCAGCUGGUCAUCAUCCCCUGGAAGUAGGGACAGUAACAGAACCUUUGGGGGUGCAUGUUUCAACUGUGGGCGGUCUGGUCACAGGGCAUCUGAAUGCCCCACCAAGCAAUCAUAUUAGGUCUAUGAUUUGCGAUAUAUGGUUUCCCCCUGCUUGUAGACGACAGAGGGGAUACUCCUGAAACUUCUGCUACCUCCGCCAUUUCUGGGCAUUGCCUCUGGUAUUUUGUUGCUAUCCAGUCUGUCCAAAAUGUCCGGUAAAUUAAGAGAAGUUCUCCGGUGAAGAGUCGAGAGCAAGCAACUUCAAUCUCAAUCUUCUGCGUCGACAUUCCCUUCUCCCACACCCAUCACACAAAAAUAUGUAAUGUUUUGACAUGCCAAUUGUUUCGCUCUAUUUGGCAGGUUUAUUGUCCACCUAUUUUGUAAUUCUAUUUAGCAUCUUUGAUCUUAUUUAAACUCUGGUAAUUUUGUUGCA